UCCAAGCCCCGGCCUCCUUCUCGGCUCUGUGUCGGCUGCUCCAGCCUCGGCCUCUCCUAGGUCCCGACUGUCUCAUUCCUGAGGCUGUGGCCCCCUCAGCAGGCCUCUGAUGUCUUCUAAAGGAACCUGGGCCUCUUUUUCCUUAAACGACAGCUUCUCAGCUCACAGGCCUCCCCGGCUCCUUGCCCUCCCUCGCAGGCCUCUCUAGUCCCCUCGCCCCGCCCAUGGAGACCCCAGGACUGGUCGUGCAUGGACAGGCUGCGUCCUUUUCCACAGCGCUCCGAAGCCUUGUCAACAACCCCCAAUUCAGUGAUGUUUGCUUUGUGGUUGGUCAAGAACGGCAGGAAGUAUUUGCCCACCAGUGCUUGCUGGCCUGCAGAUGCAACUUCUUCCAGCGACUUCUGGGCACGGAGCAGGGCUCUGGGGUGCCUAGACCCGUGGUGCUGAGCACGGUGCCAGCGGAAGCCUUCUUAGCAGUGCUGGAGUUCCUGUACACCAACAGUGUCAAGCUGCACCGCCACUCCGUGCUGGAGGUGCUGACGGCAGCUGUGGAAUACGGGCUGGAGGAACUGCGAGAGCUGUGCCUGGAGUUUGUGGAGAAGGUGCUGGAUGUGGAACUAGCUUGUGAAGCCCUGCAGGUGGCUGUAACUUUCGGCCUAGGGCAGCUGCAGGAGAGGUGUAUAGCGUUCAUAGAAGCCCACAGCCAGGAGGCGCUCCGGACCCGCAGCUUCCUGGAGUUGUCGGCCGCGGCGCUGCUGCCCCUGCUGCAGAGCGAUAAGCUCUGCGUGGACGAGGCUGAGCUGGUCCGGGCUGCCCGGAGCUGGGCGCGCGUGGGAGCGGCCGUGCUGGAGCGGCCGGUGGCCGAGGUGGCGGCCCCGGUGGUGCGAGAGCUAAGACUGGCCUUACUGGCCCCGGCGGAACUCAGCGCCCUGGAGGAGCAGAACCGGCGGGAGCCGCUCAUCCCGGUGAGGACGCGGGAACCAGGCUCAGCUGCUGGCAGCGCGGCGGAGGGAGCUGGGGCGGGCGCGGUGCGGCUCAGGCUCUCCGGGGAAAGGGUCGCUGCCAGACGGAGCCGAGCAGCCUUUUCUUCCAGGUGGAGCAGAUCGUGGAGGCGUGGAGAUGCCACGCCCUGCGUAGAGGAAACCCAGCCCAGGGCGCCCCGUGCCGCCGCCGGAGGGGCACCCUGCCCCGGGAGCACCACCGCUUUCUGGGCCUGCCCUUCAAAUGACGCCCUGCCGCGACUGCGGGCAGUUCUGGGGCGGUCCACGCCGCAGCUCCCGGCAUGCUCUGCGCUCGGCGCUCGCUUCCGCUCCCGGCAUGCUUGGCGAGGCCCGCGCCGGAAGAGCCGUUCUGUGCGGAGCGCUGAGCCCGGUGCCUGGGCGAGGGCUGGAGGGCGGGCCUCGUGGCGAGGGCGAGACCCGAAGGCGAGGCUUCCUUCGCCCCACGCCCUUUCUCUUAACCGGUCUGCUCUCCUGACUCCCACGGAUCUGUUCAGUUCAGCCUCCCCUGUGGACCUGCUUCUUAGAGCUCUCUGCCCUACGACGCAGCACAGUGCUAAAUCGGGUUCCCCAUCUUUCCGCAGCUCUGCUCCCAUCAGGCCUGUCAUUUGCGUGGGUGCCCACGCCGAACACUUGGAUCUCAUCCUUGCCUUACCCUUCGCACACCUGCCUCAGGUCGCCUUCUAGGAGACCCUCGCUCUUAGUCUUCUUCAGCCCGUCCUGCUCAGUCAUACCUGACUGGUCUUCCUGCCUUCACUCUAGCGCCCCCUCCCGUUAUUUCCCACACUGUAGCCGGCGCAGCCCUUAUCUCAGCCUUCCUCCCUAAAUCCUUUUAUCAUCUCAUUGCCCGGGAGGACGGAGUCCACUUCGCUUUGGUGCGCUCCGAACUACUGUGGUCCUAAACAUUUAGCAACUCUUUUCUCAACCUUGCCUUUGCGGAAAUUCAUUUCUUUGAGACAUACCAGUCCUAGUUCCGGAUUUACUGUAUUGAAAAAACAUUUUUUUUGAGACAGUAUCUCGCUGUGGAGCCCAUGCUGGCCUUGAACUCGCGGUGCUCCUCCUGCCUCAGCCUCUCAAAUGCUAGGAUUACAGGUGUACUCCACCACACCAGGUUUGGAGACGUCUCUUACCCCCUCUUUUUUUUCUUGUCCCUUCUUUAAUGCAUCGUCAUACGUCUUGUCUUGCAGUGAACUUGGAUCUCCAGGAGAAAGAUCCCUGGGACCUGGGGCAAUGUUUUGUUUCAUUUGUUUCUCAGUCCCUGUCACAUAGUCUGUUUAUUUUUAUUUUUUUAUUUUUUGGGAUUUU